AUGGCCGCCACCACGCCGGCUGGCCUGCGCAUUGGCGGAGCGGCCCUCCCCUUCAUUCAACAAACGAUGGUGGACAAGAUAUUCGAGAGGACGGAGGCCGAAGGUCGCGAGCUCACCCUCGAGGAGGUGCUGCUGCUGUCCGACGUCGAGGACGUGCUCUUCGAACUCAAGAACGGAAACGAACGGCUCGUCAACUUUUUGAAUGAGGAGGAGAUAUUGGAGCAGCUGCUCGACUACGUCAGCAAUUUCAAUCAGGCGUUCAGUCCCAACGCCCUGCGCGCCAAGGCGGUCACCCAGGACGAAAAAGAGCUGGUCGAGCUCCGCAUCCAGUGCAUCCACACGAGCUGCGAGAUCUUGGCCCUCGAGGGCACCGAGGCCUCCAUCUUCACCGAAGAGAACAUCGAGCGCAUCCUCCACUUCCUCUUCUCCUUCGUCGCCAAGGCACGACACACCAGCCCGCGGUGUCUGCGUGAGGACGACACGCUCGAGUUUGACGACGAGCGCAACGGCGUGCUGCCGUCGCAGGUGUCCGCCAUCCUCCAGGUCUUCAUCGUCAACAACCCCGAGAAUGUGAUUGAUUACCUGAUCGAGCGGGAGCCCAAGAACUUUGUGAAGUCGUUCGCCGAGGGCCUGCACCAGUCGGAGGUGUCCAACCUGCUCCUCUCCAUCCUGUGGCUCCUCUCGCCCUCGCCCGCCAAAGUCAAGAGCGACGGCCCGCCCUCCGAGAUGCGAGUGCUGGCGGCGGAGUCGUUCAAUCAGUGGCUGGCCAGCGGCGAGUUAGUGCCCACGAUCAUCCAGGUCCUGGCCGACCCGCAGGCGCCCGAGGCCUCGGGCCUGGCCGGCGAGGUGCUGCAGGAGCUGAUCGCCCUGGCCGGGAGGCACGUGACCAAGGGCAUCGACACUCCGCUCAUCUUCCAGCAGUUUGCUGCCGAGAAGAGCCUCGCCGUCCUCGUCCCCUGCAUUCUCGAACUCAAGGAUCCCAAUGCGUUUUCAGCCGGUGUGGCGGUCAUCCUCGAGUUGCUCAAGUACGAGGCCAUGGCACAGAAGAAGGGUCCAUCGCGGGAGCCUUCGCCUUUGUGGAAGCUCAUCGAGAAGGACCUGGACAAGGUGAUCGACAAGCUCAAAAUCAGGGAGCCCAAGGAAAAGUUUGGCUUCGUCCGCCUGCGCGUGCUCGGCUUCUGCGGUCGCCUCGUGGCGCAAUCGGCGAACCCGCAAAACAUCGGCUUUAUCCACGCGAUGACCAAGCUCAACUUCUGGAGCGUGAUCCUGGACCUGUUCUUCACCUUCGUGUGGAACAACUUUGUGCACAACGUGGUGGAGCGCAUCCUCGCCGUCGCCCUCACCAACCCGCUCCUCCGCGAAUUCAAGCUCACCCUGCUGCGAGACCUCAAGCUGGUGGACCGGCUGGUCGAGGGCGCCUCGCGCACGGACGUCGGUUACGCGGGCGCGCUGGCCACGGUGGCCACCACCAUCAUCAAGUCCUCCGCGGGCGAUCCCCAGGUCUCCCAGUACCUCGACGGGCAUGAGGCCUGGCAGGCGUUCGUGAAGGGUCCGCUGUCGGUGAUCCGCACCACGCUCGAGACGCGCGAGUCGACGUUCCCGCCGCCCAAGGACCAGUCCGAGCCCGGGUCCGGCGGUGGUCGUGGCCGCGGUCGCGGCCAACCGCCCGCGCCAGGCGGCUCCGGGGGUCGUGGCGCGCCCAUGCCCGGCGCCACCAACGGCCUGGGCCGCGGCCGUGGGUCAACCAUCCAGCCGUCGGGUCCGUCCGCCCCAGGUGGUGCGCCGUCCGUCGUUGCUGGCGGCCGUGGUCGUGGCACGGGUCGGGGCGGCCCCAUCUGA